UGUCAUGUAACCAGAGAGAGAAAGGGAGACCAAACAUGGAGUUAGGGACAGAGGGAGGGGGAAAAGUUUUAUUCAGGGGGCUCGGGCUCAACUUUCCUAUUAGGACAAAAAAUAGUGAAAGUUGAUCUUAAAUUCUUAUUUUGUUAUUUAAUGAGGAGCACAAACCUUUAUUUCAAGCUUCUGUGAGAAGACAUACAACUGAAUGAGAAGAUGAUCUGCAGGAUCCUUCUCAGCCUCAGCUCCUGUGUCUUUGGAUCAUUUGUAGUGAAUGUGACUCAGACCUCCUAUCAGGCAGAGGAGAACCACAACAUCACACUGGAGUGGACGUUCACAGUAGAAACAGGCAGAUCCCCCACAUAUCUAAUAAUCUACUGUGAACUGAGUGAACAGAGUAUCUCAGUCCUGGAUUAUGUCCGUGAUGGUGCUGAAGUCUCAGAGUCUCAGGAUGAAAAGUUUUCAGGACGAGUUCAGAGUGACAGAGACGCCCUCAGAGAAGGACGAAUCAGACUCCAGCUGUGCAGACUCAGGACUGAGGACUCGGGUCAAUACAGAUGUCAAGUAAACACAGAUUAUGGCUUCAGCUCUGCGAGCUGCAGACUCAACGUCACUGCAGCUGCUGAUCAGAGAUCAACUUCACCACCACAAGAAGAGAGAGAGGACUGGAAGAAUAUUCUAAUUGUCCUGACAGCAGCAGCAUUAGUAUUAGCUCUCUUAUGUUGUGCCCUUUACUUUGGGUCAUGCUGAGAAAGAAACAAAAGAGACCAAACUUCUAUGCAUUUCUAAAACUUCAUAAACUCUUAGGGACAGAGUCUGAAAACCAGCAUACUUCCUGCCUUUGACAUCUGCUUUAAGUACAUGAAGUUUCUUGUUGAUAUGAACUGUGUAAAUGGCUCUUAUAGAGCCCCUUUCUACUCUACUUGAGCACUCAAAGUACCUUAUACAGCAUUCUUCAUUCCCCCAUUCACAUUCAUGAAAACACUUUGUUCUGUCUCUAAGUGUUUUCUAGUUAACAUUCAUACACCGAUGAACGCAUAAGGAGCAACUCAGGGUUCAGUAUGUUGCUCAAAGAUGAAGCCUGUGGCAGCCAGGAAUCGAAUCAUCAACCUUCCAAUUAGUAAACGAGCUGCUCUGUCUCCAAUAGUUGUCAUAAACGAUGUUCAUAAUAAUUUGAAACUGAGAUUACUGCAGUAAUCCUUCAUGUCAGUGUCAAUGAUGCUUCUGGUGUGGUCACUGCUUCUGUGGACUUCUCUCCUCCUGCUGCUUUAUUCAAAGUUACAUCCACCAGCUUCAUCUGAGUGCUGACUGCACCACCCUGAACACCAAAGAUUCAAUGUUGAGUGUUGAGUGGGAACUUUGUGUGGAACUAUUAACAAGUUGUUGAGUCAGUGAUGUCUGUUUAUUCCAUCCAUGCUUUCCUUUUUUCCCACUUAUCCAAUUCAGGAAUGCGGGAGACUGGAACAAUCACCAGUUAACCUCACUGUAUGUGUUUGGACUGUGGGAUGUAGUUGGAGUACUGACGGAGAACCCACACAGACAUGGAGAACAUGCAAACUCUACACAGAAAGGCAAACCACUGCACCAUCGUUCUCUCACCAGCUGAUUUUCUGACUUCUGAUGGGCUUUUUUAAAAAUACUUGAUGUCCAAAUGUUUCUGUUUAUCUUUUACUUGUAUAUAUAAGUCUCUAUUUAUGCGUCAGAUGCCAUUUUGGCUUUGACCUUUUUUUUAAUGUAAUAGAAGGAUUUAUAACAAUACUCUAUAUUUUGUGUUAUAUCUUUUAUUUAUGUCAUUAUAAAAUGUUCCGCUAAUGUUAACUAUGCUAUGUGCUAUCAGGAACUUGAUGAACCUUUUAUUUUUUUAUUGAAUAAAGCAUUACAAUAAACUGUUCAGUUUUUUUUUAUUUUAGAUUUUAUUUUUACUAAUUAAACUGAAUGAUGUGAACACUUUUGAAUGUUUUAUCUGAUUUUGAAUGAAAGAUUCAAACAAAAAAUAUUUCCAUCUGAUCAUUUAUCUCCUCGCUGUAAUGCUGCUGUGUCUUCACAGCAGAUAAAGAAAGAUGCUGCGUGUAGAGUUUUGAACAGCAAAUAAA